CUGUGAGGAAGGUCCGCCAUAUGGCGCUGGUCGCUCUGUGAUAAAAAAAGACCGUUUUCUUUCGUCGUGGCCAAACAUCUGUCUCGCUAACAUGAACCGUAUAUCGAUAGCAUUACGGACGCUACUCUCAAUCUCGGUGGUUACAGCGUCGCUUCUGUCCUGGUGUUUCCUCGUGCAGAAUUCGGGGACGCCCAAGCCCUUUCGCAGAAUAACACAGACGGCUUCUGUGAUCGCUCCAAGUGAAGACGCCAGUAUACCUUAUCCCCUUAGCAACGACGCUGGAAUAGAGACACGAACCUACACUAUACCUGGAUGUCCGUGUGAAAGGACCGGCUAUGCUAUCGACAGCCUGCUCUCAAGACGCAACGAAUCUCGAGCGAGACCUGAGGACUUUCCCGAAUGGUUCCUGAAGAAGUUUUCCUUCGAGGGACAUUCCACCUGCUCGGACUACGCGACACAGCGGGGCGGCGGUCAGCGGGUGGUGUCCUACGUGUAUUACGCUAAGGGAGGCAGAUCGGUGAAAGGGACCAUCGGUUUUAAGAAAUACCUCGGCCAGCUCUACAACACUGUCGACGUCAUCGGGAGAGUGUAUCCUGGAUGGGUUGUGCGAAUUCAUCACAACCUCACCAUAGAAGAUGAAGUCGGUAUGGCAGAGCUUUGCCGUAUCUAUUGCGAUCAUGACUAUGUUGACCUUUGCCAUGCGCAUGAUCUUCCUGGACUCGGCAACAUGACCGAAAGGAGACUCACUGGCAUGAUGUGGCGAUUCGCCGUCAUGGGAGAUCCGACGGUCCAGACUUUCUUAAGCAGGGACACAGAUAGCUGGGUCCUGGAUCGAGAGGUCGCGGCCGUGAAGGAGUGGUUGGCAUCGAACCGGACUUUCCACGUCGUCCAUGACCACCCGCGCCAUGGGCCUGUCAUUCUGGGAGGUUUCUGGGGAGCUCACAACAGGGACCUGAGAGCCAUGGAGGAGUUACGUGACCAGAUGUACAGCAAGGCAAAGACCGAGCGCUACGGCCAAGACCAGAAAUUACUCAAAAAAAUCUUAUGGCCGUAUGCGAGGACCAACGUGCUAAACCACGCCAGUUUCACAUGCAAAAGGAUGCUUAAAGAGCACGGCCCGGCCGUGCCCUUUCCGACGAAGCGUGAGGGAGGCAAGUACUGCGGCUGGGGCACGUACAAGGUCGCCGAAGCCAAACUGGUGGCCCAGACUGUGUGCCCCGAAGAGUGCCGGCCGAAGGACCACAAAGACUGGACGAGGUGUUAGCAAGUUGUAAUGAGAAGGACAGAAAUUUCGAGCGGACGAACGCAAUCGAUAACCUCAUGCGACGAUUCCGUGUGAUGAGCUUCCAAUAAAACGAAACACUGCCGACAUUUCGAACAACUCGUCAAGAAGUCCCUAUCAACACGUAGUAAAAAUUCGCAAUGGACAGCAAUAGACCUGCUUUGAUGAGGAUACUGUUGACAGGUUGAAAACGUCUGUUUUAUUUCCAUUCUGUUUUUUUUUAUGCGUACACGUUUCUGUGUUUGUGCUUGUCUUUGUGAGCUUCCAAGUGUUAGUGACUAAGCAACGAAAAUGAGUCAAGAGGAUGCUACGACUCCAUGGAAUGUAUUAAUGUCAAAAUUAAUCCCGAAAAUAGGAAGGCAUAUAACAUACUCCUCAGAGAACUAAUCAAUACAAAAUACAAACUAUUCAUUGAGGCCAUUCACAACCAUCAUUUACGAUAAAAGCGAUUUUGUUGAUUGAGAAUAUUUUCUCAUUUAGAAUUGCAUUGCUUUCAAAAACUCUUUGGAAAGGUAGAGUAGAACAAAAUGAACCAAACCAAAUGUUAAUUAAAUCGAUAAUCUGUCUAUCUAUAGACACAGACACACGCACACACAUAUGUGUAUGUAUAUAUAUAUAUAUAUAUAUAUAUAUAUAUAUAUACAUAUAUAUAUAUUUUUUUUUGUAUGUGUGUGUGUGUGUGUGUGUGUUUGUGCGUAUGUGUAUGUGUGUGAAUGUAUGUAUGC